AUGACAACCUUAACUGAGCUGGCUGAGCAGGCCCUCGUCCUCGCUAGGCGUUUGGAUGAUUAUACAGCUUCCAAGGGCUUGCCACCGGUUUCACUUGAUCAAGAUACACUGUCACUCACCGACCUACCUCAGGAGCUGCGCGACGCACGCCAUGAACUGGGCGAUAAGGCCCAGAUGAUAAAGCGAUUAGCAAAUGAUCCAGUUCGCAAUCUUAUGGAGACAAUGUUCGGUUUUACCGAUCUCGCCUCGCUGAAUGCUGUAUAUGAAUAUGAUCUUCCAUCUAAAAUUCCACUGGAGCCUUCCAACAAAACUCUUUCCUCUAGUGAGAUUGCUCAGGCAGCUGGCAUGCCCCCUGGUAUAUGCAGACGCGUAAUUGUUCACGCCAUGGAGAAUGGAAUCUUCGUAGACGCAGGCAACGACCAAGUUGGCCAUUCGUCUUUAUCAAGACUUCUAGCCACGGAUCCAGGUGCAUUUCAAACGGUCGGCAUGCUUCUAAACGAGCUUUCCCCCGCAGCACUGCGUAUUCCAGAGGCUAUUCGCAAGUAUGGCACAUCAAGCGAGCCCAACGAAACAGCUUACAACAUGGUAAACGACACCGAUUUACCAAUAUAUAGCUUUUUAGAGCAGCGACAAUCCCGUCGCUCUCGCUUUGGAACGACCAUGGGAUUUUUCUCCCGCGAGCAGGGCUUCAAUCUUGAACAUCUUGUUAACGGCUUUCCUUGGAAAUCUAUCGACAGAUCAGACGCGGUAGUGGUGGAUAUCGGCGGUGGAGUGGGAGUUGUCUGUCACAAACUAGCCGAAGCGACGGAAAGGAUGAAGCUUAUUGUACAGGAUUUGCCGGUGCCUGUUAAAUUGGGACAAGAACAGCUGCCAACAGAGGCGAAAUGGAAAGAUCGGGUCCAGUUUAUGGUUGCGGAUUUCCUAGCACAGGAUCAACCUCUUGUCGGUGCUGAUGUGUAUUUCUUCCGGUGGAUUCUUCAUAACUGGAGUGAUGAGUACUGUGUUAAGAUCCUACGACGGGUUGCACCAGCUAUGCGGGCCCAUUCCAAGGUUGUGAUUUAUGACUAUAUCUUGGCUGAAGGGCCGGAAUUUAAAUGGAGUCGAAAGCAUGGACGAAACCUUGACUUGGUUAUGUACGCAUGCUGGAAUGGCAGUGAGCGUACCCUAGCAGAUAUUAAGCGUAUCUUCCAGGAAGCAGAUAAGCGAUAUGUGCUGGAGGAUGUGUCUUUGCCCGCGGGGAGCUCCAUGAGUGUCGUUUCUUUCGGGUGGAAUGAGAAUCAAACUAACUCCAUUCACUAG